UAACCUCACUUUUAAUUGUCAAAAAUUUGAGGUUAAAUGUAAUUUACCGUUUUUAAUCGAAAUGAGCCUUUCACGCACUCAAAACCGGCUAAUUAGUGCAUUGUGAUACACUUUUAUCGCGUUUGUGUUGUUUACGGGUCAUAUAACAGGACUUGGGAGGGGGUUAUUGAUUUUCCACUUGUUGAAUCUCAUGAGUUCUGAGUCUCUUUCGGCGGAACAAUCUGUUGGUCUUCUCAGCGGAAUGGAGGCCCGUAAUGAGCAUCUGGUAGUGCGCAAUUACCGCUCGUUGUAUAGUUUUACCACGGCUCUGGGGGUCGGCAUGCUAGUCAUGGUACUGGCAUGGUUGGUGAAGUACCGAAAUGGGUUCUCGUGGUCCGAACCCGAGUACCAAUUCAACUGGCACCCGCUUUUGAUGACCACUGGCCUAAUUUUCAUCUACGGCCAAUCAAUUUUGAUCUAUCGGACUGGACGAAACACCCUGAAAAAACGCCUGAAAAUCACACAUGCAUUUCUUCAUUCUAUGGCCUUUAUUUUGGCCGUUAUUGGACUUAAGGCCGCUUUCGAUUCACAUAAUUACGCCAAGCCCCCCAAACCCAAUUUGUACACGAUGCAUUCGUGGUUUGGACUUGUUGCAGUUAUUAUUUUCACCGGACAGUUUGUUUUCGGGUUUGUGAGUUUUCUCUUCCCGGGGCUUUCACGCACCCUUCGUGCGGCCUUUUUACCAGUCCAUGUGGCCACAGGAAUUGCCACUUUCACCCUUUGUGUAAUCACCGCAUUGGCGGGAAUCACCGAAAAGACGAUUUGGACACUGGGUAGUAAAUAUGCCGAUUUGCCAUCAGAGGGCGUCAUGGUGAAUUUUAUCGGCCUUUUUAUCGCAUUUUUCGGGAUUUUGGUGCUAUAUUUAGUCAAUGAUGUUGAUUUUAAAAGAGUUAGUCUCCCGGAGGACGAAGUCGCUUUGUCAAACACGGAUUAAACAGUGUUGCCAGUGCACAGUUGGCACGACUGCGUCCUAUUGAUUUUAAUUAGAAAUAUGGCGGAAACCCAUGUGUUUUUACUUCCUUAAUUUAUGGUGCUAAAUUUGGUCUCACUUCGAAUUAUGUUGACUUAAAUGUGUUACUUAUCGCUCGACCUUCGUGUUGAUUAAACUUAGUAAGUAAUUAGUGACGUCACAUAUACCAUUAUAUACUACAUAUACAAUAUAUAAAUGUAUGUUUAUGUGAAAGCAAAAA